GCCAGUGUUAAUGGCACGAUGGUAGGAAAGGAGAGCUUGGAAUAUAGUAUUUUGUCGGAAACCAGCUUUAAACAGCAUCAGUGCCUCGCUUUGCACUGGAGAGGGCUUGCAGUAGCUCGCGCUGAUGGUCCUAGCCGUGGGAGGUACAUGGAUGGGAUGAUCCACAUGUUGACUAAUGGCUGUUCUGAAAAACAAAAUGUAUUUAGCUAAAGAGAUGAAAUCAAAUGAUACAUCCCAGAAGAUCAUCACAGCGCGGUGACUAGCGCACUCUCCAUUGUGUGCAGCAGAAUGUCUCCAAGGGUGGCGACUCUGCUGUCCGGACUGUGGCUGUUCUUGGUUCUGUCUUGUGCUGCUAGGUCGAUGUGGCAAGCCUGUGACAAUGGGAAGCUCUUGCUGGGGAGAGACCUGCCCCUGUCAGUUGUAUGGAGCUGUCCUGUGAUUUCCUGGCCAGAGUCCACGACCCAGAAGAUUCCUAGCAUUGAGACAGAGUAUCCCCCACAGCCGAUUGAGCACAUCUGCAUGGACACACCCAUCACCUACAAUCACACUAUCCCCAACAGUGGCGCUCACUGGACUGUAGGGGCAGAGAGUGGAGAGUACCUGUACUGCCCCCCUCAACGCUGGCUCAACAACCUGCAGCAUGGAGCAACAGUGUUGCUGUACCAUCCGUGUGCUCCUGUUCGUCAGCGUGACCUGCUGUCUGUCCUGGGCCACUGCUGUCUGUCUGACUACAUCAUAACGCCACACCCUGACCUCAGCAAACACAGACCGUUAGCGCUGGUGUCCUGGGGUCGCACUCUGGAGCUGUCCCAGGUGACCACUCCGGAGGUCUGUGAUUGGCUGCAGUUGACAGCGGCACAUGGUAACAGUGGCGAUGUGGGUCCAAACAGGAAGUAUAACUUGCUGUUGACCCAUCCUGCGGAUCACAAACACGCAUACCCAAAGAAGUCUCGGAAGCAGUGCUGUGAGGAGACCCUCGCUCUGCUGCUGGAUGGACGGUUGGAGGUGACAGACUGGAGGAGAGGGAGGGUCCGCAAGAGCCGAGCUGCACUCGGGAACGAUGGGAGGGAGAAAGAGAGCCGGACCACCGUGUUGCCGCCUCUAGCAGUCACCAAGACCAACAGGACUACCCUGGACAGACCAGAAGCACAGGGCCCAGCAAUAGUGAGGGCUACACAGAGAGAUACGGACCCUCUAGCAGUCACCAAGACCAACAGGACUACCCUGAACAGACCUGAAGCACAGGGCCCAGCCAUAGUGAGGGCUACACAGAGAGAUACGUACCAAGGACUCAAAGUGACCCAACCUCGCCGCAGAGAAAAUAACACGGAUGACAAAGAGCCCCGCGGGAAAGUGAGAGAAACAGACUGGCUGAACCAGAACGAAGCAGAGGACAAGAGGCAGAGCGGGAAACCGCGAGACAUCCAGGGGAGAGGGGUGAAGAGCAGCAGACACGGGGCCGUCUCUCUCCCUCGCAAGUCUCCAACCGAGAGGGAAAAGGCUCUGUCUCAGAGUCGGCGUAAGCAGUUGGGUGUCACACAGGCGAACAGCCGGGACAGGAGAGCAGACUGUGAUGGUAGGGUGGGCCACAGCGAGUGCACUGAGACCGUAGCUCCGCUUGGGGGCGCCGCGGCUGGACCCGGUGACAGGAUGCUGCCCACUCCGCGGACAGACGAGGCGGUGUGGGCGGCGGCGGCGUUGGGCUUCCUCCUGGUGCUACUGGCACUCUCCAUGCUGCACACCCGCCUUUACCGCCAGUGGCGCACAACGCCCAGCAUGUACUGGCAUGACCCCAAGCAGGACUACGACAGGGUGGCAGAUGUGAUCCACAGGAGGCUGAAGAUGCCAGGGAGGAGGAAGAGGAGGGUGUCCAAGAGCCGACGAAAGGAAUGUGUCCUCCUACCACCCAGCUCCAGCACAGAGGACGACGAGUAGAAACAGACAUCUGUUUAUUACACCCAUCUUGUCUUUAGCCCUGGGAGAAGGAAGGACAAUGGGACCUAAAAUCAGGCUACUCCCAUUUGCCUAAUAACACUGCUCUGUUGAAGAAACUGAGCAUUUUAUGGAUUUUUUUUUUAAGGAGACCUCCGAUUCAUCUUCUAUCGUUGGUAGUUAAGGAAUAUUUUAGUAUUUUAACUGUCAUACAACACUCCAUAGUAUAAAACCCCAUUCAAUCAGAUCUCAUUCACAACCACCACCAAUGAUACCAUUUUACUACGCGUUCAAUUGUUCUCGUAGGGGCCGAUUCAGACUUAGAAGUGCGCAGGAAAGGCAUACAUUUCCUAAGUAGUUGGUAUUCAGGCUUGCCAUAUGAAGGUUUGCAGCAAGAUUUGCGGGUGUGGCGCCAACAAUAAAUAUAAUUCAAACCAGGAAACACCCACUGGUUAGCUGACAGAAUUGACCAGGGAGUUUUUGUUCAAUACAUUUUCUGUUAAUUUCUCUAAAGUAAAUCCCUUUUAAAUAUGUAUUUGGACAGUGACGCUAACAAUUUUUAUUUUAGGUCAAAUGUUUCAUGAGGCAACCUUUUUAAUUUGAGGGUAUUUUCAUCUGUUUUACCUUUUGGAAAUGACUUCUCCAUUUUGAAGUAUUUGGACAAAUUCACUUUAAAGUAUUAAAGUAGUCAAAAGUUUUGUAUUUGAUCCCAUAAUCCUUUGCACUCAAUGACCACAUCAAGCCUGUGACCCUACAAGCCCUUAUUGUAGGAAGAGCAUAUGUUUCUGAACACUUCUACAUUAAUGUGGCUGCUACCAUGAUUAUCGAUAAUCAUGAAUGGAUCGUGAAUAAUGAUGAGUGAAUACUAACCUCUCCUGUUAUUGGAAAUGGUGAGAGGUUAGCAUGUUUUGUUGCAGCUUAUGUUACCUUCUCACUCAUCGUUAUUCACCAUUUGUCUUAAUCAUGGCAUUAUCAGGAUUCAUUUGGAAGUGUUCAGAAAGAAAUGGACUCCAGUCAUCCUUCAUUUCCCAUUGGGCAAAAUAUAAUCUGAAACAACAAAGAAACUAUCUGCAAAUAUAUCCAACAAAUUGUAGAGCCAGAAGCUUGAUGUAGUCACGGAGUUCAAGGAAUAUGUAGCCAAAUACUCAACUUUUGAUUAUGUAACUAAGUGAAUUCUUCAGCAGGGGGGAUGAAGUGCUUUCCUUUCUAAAUGUUUAAACAUAUGAAAAUACCCUCGAGCUGACAUUCUGUACUGUCACCUCAUGAAUCAUGUGAUCUAAAAUCCUAAAUGCUGGAGCCCAAUGACAAGGUUUAGCUUCACUGUCCAAAUAAAUCUGGACGGGAGCGUAGUUGCUGUUGUAAGCAACGGGCUGUCAGUUGCAGUAGUGGGUACGAGUCCAUCAAAUGCUGUUGUGUGAUAGUAACAAAUCGGGGGGGGGGGGGGUUAAAUCAUGUUUUGUGAGUUAUUUAAUAUAUGAUGGCUGCAGUGAAUCAGGACAUGGACAGAGAGGAUUUGUAUGUGGAUUAUUGCUCGUCUCCUACUACACAGCCAGUGUACUCCUAUGAAGCUAUUGGUUGGAAGCUAACCGUUUCAACCACAGAAUUAGAGAGAUUCUGUUUCUAUGCUUUGAACAACCACAGGAUAUGAAUUCCCCGUUCCCUCGCAAUUGUGCGAGAAAACGAUUGAACAUGAUGUUGCUAUGCAUGAUAAUGAAAACACUUGGGAGCAGCGAUACCCUGUGAGGGCUUUUUAUUUGUUUUUAACUACUGUGUGAUGUUUACUAGUAACCCUGUACCAGAUGUAGAUGUGUAUACUCUUAUUUACAAUACUAAUGUAUACAUAGAAUAAUGAUCUUCAGUCAUAUCCUACUAAGUAAUGGAAUUACAACAGUGAAAACAAAAAUCACCAUAGAUGCGGUUACCAUAAUGGAGCAGCUGUAGCCAUAUACAGUGUACAAAACAUUAGGAAAACCUUCCAAAUACUGAGUUGCACACCUUUUUGCUCUCAGAACUGCCUCUGUAAAGUCCAUGCCCUGAAGCAAAGGUGUCGAAAGCGUUCCCACCGGGAUGCUGGCCCAAUGCUUCCCACAGUUGCCAAGUUGUCCUUUGGGUGGUGGACCAUUCUUAAUACACAUGGGAAACUGUUGAGCGUGAAAAACCCAGCAGCGUUGCAGUUCUUGACACAAACCGUUGCAACGUGCACCUACCACCAUACCCCGUUCAAAGGCACACAAACACAAUCCAUGUCGCAAUUGUCUCAAGGCUUAAAAAUCCUUCUUUAACCCGUCUCUUCCUCUUCAUCUACACUGAUUGAAGUGGAUUUAACUAAGUGACAUCAAUUAGGGAUCAUGGUCUUCACCUGGGCAGUCUGUCAUGGAAAGAGCAGGUGUUUCUUAAUGUUUUGUAGACUCAGUGUAUCUGUCAAUAGAAACUUUAGGGCUCCCUUAUGCCCUGGUCAAAAAUAGUGCACUGGCCUCCUGCUUGGCGCAGCGGUCUAAGGCACUUUGAACGGCGUUUCCUCCGACACAUUGCUGCAGCUGGCUUCCGGGUUAAGCAAGGCCGGGUGUUAAGAAGCAGGGCUUGACAGGUCGCAUGAAAUCGACCUUCGCCUCUCCCGAGCCCGUUAGGGAGUUGCAACGAUGAGACAAGAUCGUAAUCAUAAAAAAUAAAAAAGGUGCACCACAUAGGGAAUAGUGUGUCAUUGUGGACGUAACCAUUGAAAAUGGUAAAUGUCUCUCCCUAAUAGGCUUCAGCAUGUCCAACAUCACGUCCUCGAGACCGUUAGUGUGUACGCGUACCAAGUAGUGCACUACUUUUUAGUGUGGCCCAUAUAACCUCUGCUGGAAAGAUUCUUCAUGUAAACCGAGAGAAUCUGUCAGGACUGAAUGCGGAGGAUAAUGAGCAGCAGUGGUUCUGGCGCUGGUCAUUUGUACAAAUCCUGAUUUCUCAGGUGUUCGCAUCUUUCAUAUUUUGGUAUGUGGGGGGGGACAUUUGGCCUUUAACAUGCGAAGAGAGAGGGUUCUGCUCCCCUCUCUAGCAUCUCUUAACACGUAUGGGCCCAGCAUUUAAUCGAGCAGCUGACAAAUGUGACACUUUAGUUCAGGGUUUACCGAGAUCAUGGCCCAUAGGGUUCUGGUCAAAAGUACUGCAUUGGAAAGGGAAUAGGGUGCCAUUUGGGACACAUAUGCCAUUACUAUGUAAUGAGCUGUGAUUUAAAUGUUAAAGACUUCAGACAUAAAAGCUAACAACCUGUGAAAUCAUUCACACCAAGAGGACAGUUAAAGUGUGACUACAUGAACCAGAGAGAGAAAGUGAGAGAGAUUGUAGUUUGUACAGCUUACCCAGAGACGCUCCUAUGAUAUGGCCUUUGGCUUACCUCCUGAUGAAUGUUUCAAGCAUCUCAAGCUAAACAAAAAAUACAUACAUUUUAAGGCAAUUUGUUUUAGUUUUUUUUAUUUUAUUAGAAAUGUACAGCUUAUGAGUUUCCAUUACAAUUGACCUUUUUUCAAUGUUCUACUUUUUACAGUUUUUACUUCUGUUAAAAUAUAUUCUCCCA